AUGACCGACGUGUACCUCCUGAACAUGGCCCUGGCGGACAUCCUGUUUGUCCUGACGCUCCCCUUCUGGGCGGUGACGCACGCCACGGGCCAGUGGGUCUUCAGCAGCGCCCUGUGCAAGCUGGUGCGCGGCGUCUACGCCGUCAACUUCCACUGCGGCAUGCUGCUCCUGGCCUGCAUCAGCCUGGACCGCUACGUGGCCAUCGUGCAGGCGUCCGUGGGCAUCGGCACAGAGACCCUGGCCAUGGACACGUGUGUGGGCUUCAGUGCCCGGCGCACCCUUCGCUGGGGCUGCCGGGACGAGAGGCCAGGGUCCGAGACUGGGCCUGGGCAGCGGCGGCAGCAUGGCCCCAACUCUCUAGGAGCCGACGUGUGGCUCCCCCCAUCCAAGCCUCUCCGCUCCCCUGGAGGCGCCAGAAAGCCAGCCAUCAGCACAGCGGCUGGGAUGCUGGGGGCUCACAUGGAGGCCAAGCCGCUCACGGACACCAGCUGCCCCGAGGACCCCCAGGCCGGGACCGACCCCCAGGAGACGGCCGAGCUCCCCAGGGAGGACAGCGGGGCCGCGGAGGUGCUGGCAGCGAAACCUGCUUGUGGAAGAGGGUCCCCUCCGUCGGCCGGUGAAGACACGACGAGGAAACAUGCUGCCCGGAGCCGCAGCGCCCCUCUCCUUGGGCGGGCGCUGUCACCCCGGAGCGCACCCUCUUCCCAGCCGAUCGGUGUAACGGUGGAGAGAAUCGAGUCAGGGAAGAUGGUGUCCUACGAGGGUGGACGCAAGGCCGUGUCCAUCCGCCCGCGCGGAGGGGAAGCCGGCUCCGCGGGAGGCCGCCAAGAACCAGCGUCUUCCCCAGGCACAGCCCGGCCCACGGGCACCAGGACAGAGAAGGAGGGAGGAGCCGCCUGGCGCCCUGCCGGCCAGUGUCUGUUCACGAAACCACAGGCGGGUCCAGCCACGUGGCGCAGGCCGAGGAGGGCGUGGAGGAGGAAGAGGGAGACACCGGGUCAUGUUCUCUCCAAUCCGGGCCUUUGUGUCUCCGCGAAGGUGGGCGAGACGCGCGGCGCGGGCUGCAAAGACGCCGAGGACGAGGGUCUCAGGACCACCAUCGUGCGGUUCUCCAACGGGGACGUGAAGAAGACGCUGCCGGACCAGAGGGUGGUCCACUACUGCGCCAGCACGGGGACGACGCGCACCGUCCACCCCAGCGGCCUGGAGGUCGUGCGCUUUCCUGACAAGCGGACAGAGAAAUUCCACCCCAACGGCUUGAAGGAAGUCUUGUUCCCGGACGGGACAGUGACACGUCUUCACGACGGACAAGAGGAGACAGUGUUUCCCGACGGGACGUCGGUCAGCGUGGCCAGGAACGGCGACAAGACCAUCGUGUUCAGCAACGGGCAGCGCGACAUCCACACGGCCGAGUUCAAGCGGCGGGAGUUCCCCGACGGCACCGUCAGGACGGUGUACUGCGAUGGCCGCCAGGAGACCAGGGACGCGUCCGGGAGGGUGAAGGUCAGAGGUGAGGCCCGGCACCGUGUCCUGGACUGGAAGUAGGUCACCCACUAACACACACAGGCGUCCAGUCACCGCUUUGUUAAAACAAAAACAAUAAACGGAUGACACGGUCGCUGCCCCGAACGACGGCCCCACUCGAACUCUCGGAUCCCGAGGCGCCUGGAGGCUGUGAAGGAAGAGACGCCGUGUCUGGCUUCCUGGUUAGAGAAGCCUGAGGCCCCACCAGCCAGGGGCCCAGGAGGGGCCGGGACCCAGGAGGCUGCAGGCCGGCCACGUGGACCGUGGACCGUGUGGCCUCGCGCACGUGGUGGUCUGUCCUCUUGGUUCCUGUGGCCCUCGGUCCUCACGGUGUUUCCUUCCCUCCCAUCCGGGCACUCGGCCUUCUCGUGGCCCCGGGU